UACAUAUUAUCAUCCUUAUCUGCGCAAAAACGAUGCGCGUCAAUGGCAGAUGAUAAAUGCAUUAAAUGACAGUGAGGAAUUUUUAUUCGUUUAUCGCAUAGCUGUCGUAAAGUGGAAGUGACAUACCGUUCACUAGAUGUUAACAUCACAGAGAAUAACGGAAACUUACAGAACUACCUAAAUACUUUCUCAUUCGGAUAUAGUUUUGUAACAAAAAUAAAGUCCGAGUAUCUUUUCGUGUGGUUUCAUCAUUAUCGCGUUGAGAGUGACAAUCAGGAUUUUUAUACGGAAGUGACAAGUGUUUUUUGCGCAAAAAGAACGAAAGUCUCUCGAGUCUUUUUUCUGUUUCGAUUCUAAAACAAAGGUGUUAUUAACUCUGAUGUUAUUAAUUCUCUAUUACAUUCUAAUCCCGUUAAAUUAUUUCUCAAUGUUCCUGAUCAAUGAAACAGCUUGUUCAAUCACAUGUAGAUUGCUAAAGAUGCUUGUGCGAUCUCCAUAAAUUUGACGUUUAAAAGGCUGAUUUUUCAUUGAUCAUACGUAUUAUUUUUGUUUUUCUUCGACAUUAAAACGAAUUGGGAUCACAAAAUUGGGUAAACGAUAUGGGUUGACAUAGUUUUGAAUGCCCCUAUUUGCUCAAGCUACAUCUUUGAUUUAUUACGCAACGCUAAGUGGUAUAAAAUAAUGUGAACCUUUCACCAAUGAAUAAUGUUGUUUAGGGAAAUGUGAUCACAACAUUAAUUAAUAUAUCUCGCUUUGAGAUAAUUGAAUAUAUAUAUAAAAAUAUAUAUUAAUAAAGGUAUGCAAAUGAAAUAUGGAAAGCGAUAUUUUAUAAUCAACUUGAUAUCUUUUUUUUUAUCGUCGUAGAUAAAUAUAUCGUUGAUGAGAUAAACCGAUCGAUUAAUAACGAUCGCAAGGAAGAAUAAUUUUCUCCAAGUCGUAUUCAGGAUGUUCUUUCUGGUCCUUUUGACAAGGUAAAUCUCUACUACUGGAAAAAUAUGUCUAAAAUGCGAAUUCUUCAGGAUGCGGAUUGUUCCGGUCGAGCACUGGCUAGUCUUUUGAUAGCAUGGGUGACGAUAGCAAUGAUAGCUUCGAUAUUAUUAGAAUGGAAUUACAUGUGGAUUGUUUUAAUGGUACUGACGCUGCUCUUCUUGUUUAUCUGCGGUUACAUCGCCUAUAACGUGAAGAAGACUAACGCGAGAAUUUUAAUCGAGCAGCAAAGAAGAGCAGCGAUUCGGACUAUCUCGAGUAUCACAGCCGCUAAUCGCAGAGAGAUGGAAUCGUCGUAUCAGGCUCACCUGCAUGUAGAUUUACCACCGUCGUACACGUCCGUGGUGACUACGCAAACGACGACAUCUCCUCGAACAUCCGACGAUGACAAAUACGAAGAUCCCCCGCCGUAUUCGAUCGUAAUCGCUUCUUUAAAUACGCAAGAACGAAACGCAGAAAUUUCAAGCGAAUCGGAUAUGACGUCUUCCAAAUUUAGAAAGAAUAGCGCUACUGAUGCCGCUUCCGCUUCCACAUCUCUCGCGUGCCCACAUGGAAGAUGAGAUAUAUUAUAUAUUCCUACAAAAGAAAUGAACAAUUAAAAUAGGAAUAUGACAAGUUGUCUAUAAUAAACAUGUGAUAUUACAACUUU